ACGUCCGCUGUGCGCAUGAGUUGGGAGCGAGCGCGCAUGCGUCACUCUUAACGCUGCGUCAGUCUUUCGGCAGUUAAAGCUACGUGGCUUUACACACAGCGGAGUCAGUUUGUUGCUUGCUGCUCAGCCACUGCUUCGUCCUUUGAUUUGUUAACACAGCCUCACAUCAGGAUGGAUCAGGUUAUGCAGUUUGUGGAGCCCAGCAGGCAGUUCGUCAAGGACUCCAUCAGACUCGUGAAAAGAUGCACAAAACCAGACAGAAAAGAAUUCCAAAAGAUUGCAAUGGCAACAGCAAUUGGAUUUGCUAUCAUGGGCUUCAUUGGAUUCUUUGUCAAACUCAUCCACAUCCCCAUCAACAACAUCAUUGUCGGUGGUUGAAUCAGCAGCAUUGUGAGGCCAAACAGACCUUCGGCUGCCUGAAACAGUGUUGGAUGCUGGACUGAAUGCGGAAAUUUGUAUAAAUGUUUUUUGUGUUAACAUUUUUAUUUGGCUGUGUUAAUAAAUCAAAGGUUACACUA